AUGUGCAAAGAGAAUGCAUUGUUUGAGCUGAAAAGUGCAUUCGCCGAAAUGGCCGACAUUUCCAAAAGCGAUGGAGCUCUGAUUAUGGCGCCGAUCUCUCAUGCUGGCCGUCAAACUCCAUUGGCCGUCAACGAGCAUCCUUAUUCUGUAACAGAUGAGGAAUCAACAAGCAGUUUCGUCACUGCCGGCAAACCAGUAGCCCUCAGAUUGGACCAAAUAAAGACUGAAGUUGUUGAUAGAUUUGCGUACACAGCGAAAUACGCGUAUGACACGGGUUAG